AUGAUCUUUAGGGCUGUCAAUGAUAAACCAGAAAUGGUAAUAAAAGGAUACAACUCUACAUCAUUAUCGCUUAAUAAUAUGGAAAUUAAUGCUAUCAAAUCUGACUAUUUGAAAAAGCAUCUUGCAAUCCAACUUCUUUUAACAGAUCAAUCAAAUUUCCAAGACUUUUACAAAGAUGAGAAAAUCUUAAUUAAUAAUGUUAUAUUAAAAAAUGAUGUAGUUAAAGAAGUACCAAACUCCAACAAAAUUACUAAAGACUCCUUCUCAUUAAAUGGAUAUGGACUUUCAAAGUUUUCUUAUAACUUUGGUUAUAACAAAAAAACAAUUAACCUAAAUGAAUUGAAUGCCAAUGGAGUAGCAAAACAUGGUUUAAUUCGUUCCGGUAGCUACGUCUUCACAUCAAAUGUUGAAGAAUUCAAUACAUCUUUAAAUUGUACUUAUAAAACACCAAAUGGAGAAGCUACUUUUAUCCACUCGUUUUACAUAAGAAUAAAACAAGUUUUGAAAUAUAUGAAAAUGGAAAAAAAUAUUCAAAUGUGA